AUGGUGCCAACACCGUUCAUCUUCUCCACGAGCCCACCAGCCUUGGCGGGCGCUGCCAAAGCUGUUCACUCAUGGGAUCAAGGAGAGUUGGGAGAGGCACGCACGUUCCAAUUCUCGGAGAGCGCAGAGCUAGACCUUCCAAAGUUGGACCGGGUCUUGAACCAGUACGAGAAACCUGUGGUUUGGGUGCUUCUGCUAGCAACGGGGAACUCAAGUCCUUUGUGGUUUCAUCCAGAGCAUUCUCCUCGAAACGUGGAGCUUUGCAAUCAUCUCCUGGACAAUCGGCACUUGGAAGUGACGUUUGUUGUGUGCCCUACCUCCCAGGAGGCUAGACAUCGAUGGGGCCCACAAGGACCCCUUCAGUCCUCCGGGUUUGCGCAGGAGUGCUUCAAAGAAUUUUGGCCGACGCUGCGGGAUGGCGUGAACGGUGUGAGGGUGUGGCAAGGCUUCUCCAAAGAUGAGCCACAGGUCGCACAGUGUGAGAGCCUUAUCUGCCAAAUUCGAGAUGAGACCUCCAAAACUUCUCCACCCGGGUUAGAGGGCUGGGCGUUCAAAGCCUGUGUUGGCUUCGCAUGUCUUGUUGUCGUGCUGCUGACCAUGAAUUGGGGUAGUUGGCAAGGCUCGCGAGACUUGGACCCGCAACUACUGCAGACGCACAAACCGUUCAUCCAUCCUCAGUUCGAAGAGAGAUUUGAAAAGUUGCAGCAGAUCCAGGAUGCCCUUGGAGAUAAGUUGUUGGGGCUUACGGCCCCGCAGGAAGCAAUCGAUGACAAGGUAGCCAAGCUGACGCAGCUGCAGACUGCUGUUGACAAGGAAAAGUCCAGCCGGGACGCUCUUGACAGCAGGCUUGCGCAGCUGGAAGCGAAUCAGCAAGUCAUGGAUGCCGCAUCUCAGGAAUCCGCAGCCAAGCUGACGCAGCUGCAGACUGCAGUUGACGAGGAAAAGUCCAGCCGGGACGCUCUUGACAGCCGGCUUGCUCAGCUGGAAGCGAGUCAGCAAGUCAUGGAUGCCGCAUCUCAGCAAUCCGCAGCCAAGCUGACACAGCUGCAGACUGCUGUUGACCAGGAAAAGUCCAGCCGGGACGCUCUUGACAGCAGGCUUGCGCAGCUGGAAGCGAAUCAGCAAGUCAUGGAUGCCGCAUCUCAGGAAUCCGCAGCCAAGCUGACGCAGCUGCAGACUGCAGUUGACGAGGAAAAGUCCAGCCGGGACGCUCUUGACAGCCGGCUUGCUCAGCUGGAAGCGAGUCAGCAAGUCAUGGAUGCCGCAUCUCAGGAAUCCGCAGCCAAGCUGACGCAGCUGCAGACUGCUGUUGACGAGGAAAAGUCCGUCCGGGACGCUCUUGACAGCAGGCUUGCGCGGCUGGAAGCGAGUCAGCAAGUCAUGGAUGCCGCAUCUCAGCAAUCCGCAGCCAAGCUGACGCAGCUGCAGACUGCUGUUGACGAGGAAAAGUCCAGCCGGGACGCUCUUGACAGCAGGCUUGCGCGGCUGGAAGCGAGUCAGCAAGUCAUGGAUACCGCAUCUCAGCAAUGCGCAGCCAAGCUGACGGAGCUGCAGACUUCUGUUGGCGAGUUUGAUGACAGCAUUCACCGCUUCCAGAUUGCACUUCGGCAAGAGCUUCAUGGCAGCUUUUUCGAUCUCCGGAUUGCACUUCGGCAAGAGCUUCAUGGCAGCUUUUUCGAUCUCCGGAUUGCACUGCGGCGAGAGCUUCUGCAGUCUCUACACCGGCAAGUUUCUGCACUUCGUCGGAACGUGACACAUCUGGAAAAUACGUUAAAUUGGCACAACAAUGAACGGGAAUCUGAUCGAAAGGGUCACGCAUUUAACCGUGGUCUGCAGCAAGCCAAAUGCGAAGCACAAAUGAACGUUCUGAACGUAUCAGUGCACAACCUCAAGAGCAUUGACGACCUUGACAGGAAGGUUCAAGAGAGGGCGUCGACAACAUCGGAUACCAGCUUGCAAGACUGGGUUUGGUCUCUUCUUGGUUUCGAACGGAAACAGACACCCCAAAUGGGCUAG